AGACAUUAAAAUUAGAAGUUGUGUCACAUAUUAAGCAACUUCAGUUUCUUUGUUCAUCACACAGAGUGGAAGGAGUGAAGGGACAAAAGGCUGUUCUCCUCAAGUUCAAUGAUUUUUCUCCAUCAGGAUGAUAUUCAGAAUGAAUAUCCAGCAUGUUCUUUUCAUCUGCUUCACAUCAGGAGCACUGUGUAACAGAAACACAAACAAUCCCACAGAAAUCUACUCUGGAGAUGUCCCCCUCUAUACAGGGACUAAAGGAAAAAGUAUCACAUUUGAAUUCCCCUUCAGUCUGGCUAAAGGGAGGAAGGGGUACUUAUGCAAGGACGAAUGCAAUAAGAAAGACAUUCUGGUUAGAUUCACCUUUCAACAUGCCCCAACUCAGCAUGGAAGAUACAGCAUCAGAUAUCAUGAAGGGGUUUUACAAUUGACCAUCGCAGAGCUGAAAACGUCUGACUCAGGGUUGUACAGGUGUGGGUUCGGCAGGCCUUCCUUAUCGGAUCUGUAUGAGCUUGGUGAGCUCACAGUUACAGAAGCUUUAACCACUUUUCCGACAACCACUAAGCAGUCUAAGCAGCAGUCGACUAAGGGAACAACAGCACAGUUAAACACCAAGGUGUCUGACCAGUGUUCCAUGAAGGAAACAGUAGAUUUCCAGCUGGUUGUCGCGAUAUGCGUGACAGUGGUUAUUGGUGUGCUAUUGGCUGUUUUUCUACUGCUGCUUUACAAAUAUAAGAGGACAACUGAUGGUUUGGACAAAAGGAGAAACUCCCACAGUACAAACAUGGAGUUUGUCACCUAUGAAAACUGUCAUCCAGUCUCCACAAGUGACUCCACCUACCAGAGGCUCGAUCCAGCCAGCAGGGAUCAGGAUCGGACCUACUUUACACUCCAUAGGAUGUCUAGUUCUUAAAUUAAGUCAUUAAAACUUUUUUCCCCUCA